AUGGGGCCCGCCGCUGGGUCCGUGGGUCAUGUCCGGCAGACCAAACGGUGGUUGGUUUGUUUUCCACGGGUUUGAAAACUCUAUCCACCACUCUUUCUGCCACAGCUGCAGGUAUUGAUUUUUUCCCUGGUGGAAGGGACGAUGAAUGUCCCAGGGUUUCUUUGGCUCACCGCCAGUACCCGAACAGCAUGCAACAUGUUUUAGCAUGGUGGAAGGGAAAGAAAGGGCGCGGCAUUAUAAUUUGCACCCAAGCCAACCCAACACACACACACACACACACCCACACACUAAUACACCUUCUUUUCGAAUUGACUGCAACACGUGUAACGGUAAUUGAGGGAACGGUGGAACGAACCUCCCGCAACACUGCACCACGGCCAUUUAAUUUGCUCCCCUCAGGGCCUGUUCUCCCUGAUUCUGAGCUUCACUGGCGAAGUGUACUCUCGCCCCGCUAGAGCGUACUGAGGCCCCCUAAUGGAUACUCCUUCUCCCCUACCACGAAACGGGGAGUGGUCAUAAAAUGGAUUCCAGUAGAAGUUGGAAUUACUUAAGCAAGCUGCCUGCUUGGAUGCCGUCCUUUGCAGUACCUUCGACAGGAACAGAAGGGGGCCACGAUUGCACGAGGCCACUACUAAACAGCUCGAACUUUUUACUGGAAAGGAAUAUAAACAUGGCUUAAAGUCGCGCGUGAAGCUUUCAAACACCAACAUACACUCCUCUAUACAUACCUCCACACCCUCUUCCGUACUACCAUCGAGAUGUACAUCAAGGUUUUGUCGGAAUGUCUGCCACGGUUGGUGGUACACACUAGAACACGAAUCGACGAAGCCUUGCGUGUGUGGGUGUGUGCUUCCAUGAAGCCGUUGCGAAGGAAACGGAUCCAGACUGCAUGGUUUUUCAUGUAGAUAUGCACAUAAACUUCAGCUGUCUGGGACCCUCGUAUGUGUCGGCAAUCAAUUUCCACCGCUUCAGCGCCUCUUACGCACAACCUUUCGAACAGUUCCCGUUUUCCUCGAUUAAAAUGGUACUGCCCUGGACGCGGUUCUUUGCCUGCCCGUUCGCGUGCCGAUGGGAAUGGCCUGCUAUCCACCAGCUUAGAUACCGGUGCAGUUUAAUCGAUACGGCAGCGACACUCGUUGCCAGGGGUAACCGUACCAGUAGAGAAGGUGCAAAACAGCGCUACCGAACGGUGCCCUCACUUCAGUUUAGAACGUUCGCGUGUGUCGAGUGUUUUGUUUAAAUUCCUAGUGCCGGGGGCUUGCCGCAACAAUGCCGAAGGAAAAGAAGCCGAAAAAGCCCAAAAAGGCUGUCCCGGAGAUACAGCCCGUCGAUGGGCUGAGUGCGGUCGAUCGGCAGUUUUACGAAAUUACCAUCAACGAUCUGAACCAAAAGUUGGCCCGCCUCCGGACGCACAAUGUCAAGAUUGAGGAGCGCAACGAGGACCUGGAAAGCCGACUCAAACAGAUCGAGGAGGACCGGGCGGACGUCACGGCCUACCUCGACCGGACGCUGCAGGAAAAGGUGGGCACCAUCGUGGAGCUGGAGGACAAGCUGAGCGAGCUGUCGAAGGUUCGGGACCAGGAGAAUGAAGAGUGCCGCAAGCAGAUCAGCGCACUGGACGGGAAGUACAAGGCGAUGCACGAGCAGCUCACGUCCGAGAUUAAGCUGCUGACGGGCAAGCUGAACUCGAUGGAAGAGUUCCGGCAGCAGCGGGACGAGCUGAUGGCCAAGUUUGAUGCGCAGGACAGCGAGCUGAAGGAGCAGAACAAGCGCCACAAGUCGACGCUGUACGAGAUGGAGCGAAAAGUCAUACUGGACAAGGACCGGCUGCGCAAGGACGUGGAGAACAAGCUGCUGCAGCUGUCGACCGAGUUUACCAAGUCGUCGGAGAUCCGGGUCGCAGCGCACACGCAGCGGCUGGUGCGGGAAAACAUUGCGCUAAACAACGAGAUGGACCGGAUGAUCUACACGCAGGAGCGGAUGCAGAAGCAGUUUGCGGAGCUGCGCAAGCAGAACACGGAGCUGCGCAACCAGGCCGAGAUCGAUGUGGUGGAGAAGCAGCGGCUGAUGCAGACCUGCCAGGAGCGGCUGGAAACGAUCAAGCAGCUCACCGGCCAGUUCGAAACGGUGCUGCACAAGAACGGCGAGCUGAACGCGUUCCGGCUGCGGGCGGAAGAGCUGGAGGAUGAGAACCGCACCACCCGGAAGGACUACAACCAGCUGCGGCAGAAGGUGCGCGUGCUGGAGCAGUACGUGCACUACAUCAACUCCGAUCGGCAGGCGCUGCGCACCGAGUCCGACCACCACCGGAAGGAGUUCGAGCGUAUCGCGGACAUUCUGAAGACGGUGCGCUACACGGUACGGUCGGCGUUCAAGGGCGAGGAGGAUGCCGAUUCCGACCUGCCGUACCAGGAGAUCAAGCGCAAGCGGCUGAUUGCCGAUCUGCUCAGCACGCUGAACGAGCUGGAGAUGCAGUCGCGGGCGGACCAGUCGGUCGAAACGAUUGUCGCCUCGCUGGCGGAGGUGUACGACCAGGGCGAUCUCGGUGUUAUACCGCGCGAAACGAUGGACACCAUUCUGCGCAAGACACAGGCGGAUGGGGGAGAGGAAGUAAGCGAAUCGGCCAUUAUCAGCUCCAGCACGACGGCAUCAUCGGUGGGUGAAGGAGAACGGAUGGACGGGGCUAGCAAAACGACGCUCGUCGGGGCGAGUGAGGAUGAGGCAGCGAUCAUCGAUGUGGUCAGUGGUUCGCGGCUGGUGUUUUUGGGUUCGAACGAAUCGCUUGAGGAACAGGAAGAGGAAGAAGGGGAGGGGGUAAGCGGGGAGGAAGAAGACGAGGAUGAAGAGGAGGAUAAGGAGCGGAAGAGAAAGGAUCAGCACGGUGACGACGACCGCGAGGACGAGGAGGACGAUGGGGAGUUUGGAGAUGACGAGGCAAGCCAGCAGCUGCUCCAAGGUGCCGGCAUGGAGGGGCAUGAUAAGGACGGCAUCAUCGUAGACGCACCGGAAUCGAUCGAGGAUGAAACGAUCGAGUUUGCUGGAUCGAAGAGUGAUUCGGAUUGAGAAUAAAGCACAUUUGUGUGUCCAACA